UUCUGUUCCACACCAUGGCGUACAACUCUUCUUCCAUUCACGAAUGGCUAUCCAGCCGAACCGCAUUGGGAGUCAAGCUAUGGCUUCUGAUUCUAACUUCCGUUCUGGUAUUUCUUCUUUUCCUUCUCAUUCUUGCCUUCAUUUUUCACGUCUGUUUCCGUCAACGGAGGCGGAAUUGGAACCGUCCCUGCUAUGAUCGCGAAGCUGCGAUUUCCACGGAGAUGGAGAUGAACAUAAAGAACGGUUCCGUAGAUCGGUUUUCACGGCAUGGCAGUCUGAAUACUCAGCGUAGUAUCGUCACAAAUUGGGAGUAUUCGGCCGGCCAAUACUUUCCUGCGGCGUGUAAGGACCAGUGGAGAAGGAACAUAUUUGCAUUGGAUGAGAUCGUAUUAGCAACCAAUGGAUUCAGCGGAGAGAAUGUCAUUAGCAUCGAAGAUUUUGAUGUUGAUUACUUCGGAAAUUUGGUCGAUGGUUCAAAAGUGAUUAUUAAGAUAUUCAGUGCAAAUAACAGUCUCGGAGAAAACGAGUUCAUCAGAGAAGCAGAGAGAAUUCAGCAUGUUAGCCACAAAAAUCUGAUUAAGUUGCUUGGAUAUUGCACUCAAGGAAUUGCUAAUAAUAGGAUGUUUGUUUAUAAAAAUGUAGAUAACGGGAAUUUGCACCAGUGGCUUCAUCAAUGUCCACAGAAUCACUUUAGCCCUCUUACAUGGUCCAUUAGGAUGAACAUUGUUCAAGGAAUUGCAAAAGGAUUAGCAUAUCUUCAUGAAGAUGUGGAACCACAAAUUCUUCAUGGCAGGCUAAGAUCCAGCUGCAUAUUACUUGAUCAGCAAUGGAAUCCCAAGAUUGCCAAUUUCGGUCUAGUUGAGCUGUUGCCAUCUGAGUACUCAGCUGGAGCUUUGGCUGGAGAAACGCAUGAAUCCUUUGAAAUUGGAUCAACCAAUCCAUUCACAGAACAGAAUGAUGUUUACAGCUUUGGUAUACUUCUCAUGGAGAUUAUAACGGGAAGAGCUCCCGCGAACUGCAACCAAUCACAACCAGAUUUGAUAGAGUGGGUGAAAACAAUGAUUGGGAGUCAAAAGGCAGUUGAAACAGUGGAUUUCAAAAUGGAAGAAAAACCAUCCUCAAAGCAACUCAAACGGAUGCUCUUAAUUGCCCUUCGCUGUGUUGAUCCAGACAUACUGAACAGGCCUACUAUGGGUCAAAUCCUUCUCAUGCUUCAGCCUCGCGACCUUUUGCUCGCCCAUGGUGGGGAAAUCCGAACGGGAGAGUCCUUGUGA